AUGUCGGUUUCGAACAUGCGUGUGGUUUACAUUGCCAUGAUUGUGUUGGUAGCGGUCUGGGGCAUCGGACAAGGAACUUUUGCACUUGUUGCAUGCAUCCCUCUGGAAGGAUUUUGGAACCCUAGCGUUCAUGCAAAGUGUGUUCCAAAUGCCCACAUUGCUUGGUACAUCAGCGCUCUGUUCAACAUAUUCACCGACAUCAUCAUCAUGAUUCUUCCUCUCCCAGUCAUCCGGAAGCUGAAUCUUCCCGGUUCACAAAAAGCUUUCCUUAUUGGUAUUUUCAGCGUCGGCUUCUUGUAA